UGCCUCUGCCUUCCAGCGAGUUAGGUUCUCUUCCCUGUACACCGUACAGUCUGUAGCGCACGAGUGCAGCUAAUGUUGUCUGACAGAGACUCUCUCCUUGGCAGUAUGCCAUCUCUUGUUCCUUUGUGAUCGCCUCCACCAUCGUUACAGUUUACAAACUUUACUCAUCACCUGUAAACUGUAACUCCGCCUUUGCCGGUCCCAAGCCCGGAUGAGAAAGUGAUGAGGGUCUUGACUAAAAGUUUUUCCAGGAAUACCCAAUAUAUAAUCAAGACCGCUCCUGUCAGACUGCUAAAAAUAAAUAUUACUAACGUUACAACAGGACAUUGAUUCUACUGUAGAGAAACUCUGCUGCGACUACGUGUCAAGAUAAUAAACAUCAGACAGAAGUGACGGUGCUCAAAAAUGAAGUGGAUUUUCACUACCAUACUUGCCUUAUGGAUGGUUGCCGGUGAAGGACACAGUUGUAAAGCAUGGAAAGGAGAAAGCUGUAUUCGUAGAAUUGAAUGUGGGUUCACCAGGGACACAAAAACUGUCAAAGUCCGACACAAGACAUCAAGUGAAGAGGAAGAAAUCGUUGCUGUUUGUGACUGGAGCACAGGAAAUUUCACUUGCGAUGUGGCAGGAGGCUACAGAGUGACUAACACUUCUCCUACCACCUUUAAUGUCAGCAUUGACUCUGCUAUAACAUGUCCUAACGGAAAUUUUACUGUUACCAGUAACGGCGAAGGACAUGUCAUGUGCACUUUAGAUUUAGAUAAAAGUGAACAGGAAGCAUUGGAACCCAAAGAACAAAAUAAAACUGACUGUCAAGAAAACACAGAAGCAUCAGCAGACAAUAAAAACCGCUCCAAAAGAAGUACUGAGAAGAAAUGUCCUGAUCACCCUUCUAACAAGGGUAACAGUUGGAUUACUCCGGUUGUUGCGACAGUUGUGACUGUUUUGAUCCUGAUAGUUAUUGUUGUUAUUGCUCUGGUAGUUUAUAGCAAGCGAAAACGAGGAAGGAAGAAUGAUAUUUAUGUGGAAGUCUCAUUGACCCCCACAAAAGUGAUAGACCACCCUUUUGAAUUGGAAGUUCCAUUGAACCAUGAAAGAGAGAUGAAGGACACUCCUAAUGUCUAAGUCAAAUUGACGUGAGAAAAAGAAGCGUAAGCGUAUACCUACAAGUAAUCAUGUAAAGGUUUGCUGGAAAGGGGUGAUGUUUGUUUGAAUAAAAUCGUGUCAUGCUGAUAUA